AUGAAGAUGGUUAGCAUUGUUUUCCAAAAUAUACAUGCAGCAGGGCUUGAAGACGACGUCCUCGUAACGUUCAAUAGCUCACCGCACAGUUGCAGCCUAUACAGCUUUGAUGAGAUUUACAGGAAUCACUGCACUCAAGUGUAUGAUCCAGUUCGAGGCUCUGAGCGCUGUGAGAAUAUCGGCUUCAACGUCAAACUAUCUACAAGGCCCAGACAGUUGUUGGAUGUAAAAGGUGAGUAUGGGGCGCUAACGCCCGGGUUUUCACGAUUUUCGCUCCACUUUGAACUCACAACAGCGCUGGCGCUGGCCAUAGAUGGUUCAACGAUGAUGCUUUGCAAAGAUGAUUCGUCGAAUUUCUUGCGAUUCGAAGGCAUUCAUCUUGCCUGUUAUGAAGUUGCAAGGUGUGUUGUUCUAAGUUAUGGUGACGAGCCAGCGCGAAUUGAGUUCACGAGAUACGAUGGCGCAACAGCUUUGCCUCCCCAUGCCCGCCUGGUGGCCGUAACUGCCCUAUUUAUCGUCGCAUUCGUGAAAACGAAGUUUGGAAGAACAUCUCGUGCCACUGUUACUGUUCCUGUUGUGGAUAAUAUGCCAGUGCGUGUUCUGAAGACAACGUACGAUGGAGGAUCGGAUUUGAUCCAUCUACUGACGUUAUACGAUAUUGCAAAUAUGGACAGUUGCACUUCUGUUGGAGCUGAGCCAGAUCCAGAGUGGAUAUCGCUCGUCAUUAGCAUUCGAGGUGUUAGUGGAGAGAUCUACAAGAUAACUCUCGUGAGGCACCUCGAUAUGGAUACUAUGAGAAAAGUGGAUCUUGUUGGUUGA